AUUUGUGACUGAGAGCCGGGCAGUGUAAAUCUCUCACUAGCUCCUGUGCUAAAAGCUGUGACUGAAGCGCGAGCGCGCACUCGAAGCUUCUCCCAGUGUGGCGACAGAGGCGUUCCGCGCGCGCGCGCUCACUUUCUCCUCAGGUUCGCCUCGAUCACACAAGUGUUUCAGCGGUGAAGAGUGUUUCCGUGGCUUUCUAAAAACACACUCAGUCUGAAAGUGGAGAGCUGUGAAAGGACUCCUCAUGUAGAAGCGGCACGGCUUCCAUGUUCAGCGGAGGCGCUCCCGGGCUUCAUUUAGGAUGCAGAGAUCACCUGUGGAUGAUGCCGGCUUCCUUUCGAGAUACUUCUUCUGGUGGACAAGCCCUAUUAUGCGAAAAGGGUUUAGGGAAAAGCUGAAGCCGUCAGAUGUGUAUCAAGCCCCAUCGCAGGACGCUGCAGACGUGCUCGCUGAACGUCUAGAAAAAGAAUGGGACAGAGAAGUUAUAUCUGCAAAGAAAAAACCCAGUCUUCUAUGUGCACUUUCCAGAUGCUUCCUUCGACCCUUUGUAUUAUUUGGAAUCCUCCUCUAUUUUGGGGAAGCCACAAAAACUGUGCAGCCACAGCUCCUGGGCCGAAUCAUCGCUUCAUUUGACCCCUACCAUGAACCAGAGAGAGAACAGGGUUACUUCCUGGCCCUAGGUCUAGGCCUACUAUUUAUCACCCGCUUCCUUUUGCUGCAGCCCGCCAUGUUUGGACUGCACCACCUGGGCAUGCAGAUCCGCAUUGCCCUUUUCAGCUUAAUUUAUAAAAAGACACUAAAGCUGUCCAGCAAAGUGUUGGACAAGAUCAGUACAGGGCAGCUGGUCAGCCUGAUGUCAGCCAACCUGGGCAAAUUUGAUCAGAGCCUGGGCAUGGCCCACUUUGUAUGGAUUUCUCCUUUGCAGUGUAUCCUGUGUGUGGGACUAAUUUGGGAGCUCAUAGAAUUCAACAGCUUCUGUGCCCUUGCUGCAAUCUCACUACUGGGAGUCAUCCAAGCCUGUCUUUCUCAUAAAAUGGGACCUUACAAAGCACAAAGGGUACUACUUACGAAUAAGCGUCUUGCCCUGACCUCGGAGAUUAUGGAGAAUCUGCACUCAGUGAAAGCUUAUGGCUGGGAGGAGAUCAUGGAGACCAUCAUCAAAAAUAUCAGACAGGAUGAGGUCAAGUUGACCAGGAAGAUCGGCUCUCUGCGCUACUUCUACAGCUCUGCCUACUUCUUCUCUGCUAUAUGGGUGAUCACAGCAGCAGUACUGCCCCAAGCCCUCACCACCGGCAUCACUGUGCGACGCAUCUUUACUACUCUUUCAUACUGCAUGGUGCUGCGCAUGACUGUCACUCGCCAGCUGCCUGCUUCUAUCCAGAUGUGGUACGACACCAUCCGGCUUAUCUGGAAAAUUGAGGAAUUUCUCAGCAAAGAAGAAUACAAACUAUUGGAGUAUGACCUCAGUAUUAAAGACAUGGAACUUGAAAACAUCACAGCUUCUUGGGAUGAGGGUAUUGGUGAGCUUUUUGAGAAGAUUAAGCAAGAGAACAAAGCAAAUGGCUAUCCAAAUGGAGAUGGACUCUUCUUCACCAACCUCUACAUAACACCUGUGCUUAGGAAUAUCAGCUUGCACUUGGAGAAGGGUGAAAUGUUGGCAGUGGCUGGAUCCACAGGAUCCGGAAAGAGCUCCCUGUUAAUGACCAUUCUGGGUGAGCUGGUCCCUUCCUCAGGAAAAAUCCGACACAGUGGCCGUGUCUCCUACUCCUCCCAGACUGCCUGGAUCAUGCCUGGCACCAUUCGCGAGAACAUCCUGUUCGGACUGACCUAUGAAGAAUACCGCUAUAGCAGAGUGGUUAAAGCAUGCCAGCUAGAGGAGGACCUGGCUGCUCUUCCUGAGAAGGAUAAGACUCCAUUGGCGGAGGGGGGACUGAACCUGAGUGGGGGACAGAAAGCACGGGUUGCCCUAGCCAGGACUGUGUACAGAGAUGCUGAUACCUACCUGCUGGAUGCACCUUUCACACAUUUGGAUAUUGCUACAGAGAAAGAGAUAUUUGACAAGUGUCUCUGCAGGCUCAUGGCAUCCAAGACUCGCAUUGUAGUCACCAACAAGAUUGAACACCUAAAGCGGGCUGACAAGAUCCUGCUGCUGCACAACGGUGAGUGUUUUUUUUAUGGCACGUUCUCAGAGCUGCAGUCACAGCGGCCUGACUUCAGCUCUUUGUUGCUGGGACUGGAGGCCUAUGACAACAUUACUGCAGAGCGCCGCUGCUCCAUCCUCACCGAGACGCUACGCAGAGUAUCUGUGGAUGAAACUUCAGGGAUGCGUCCCGAUUGUCCUUCCUACCGGCAAGUGGCACCUACCACCUACAUAGAUGAGAGGAAAGCUUCAGUGAUCAUCAACCCUCUGGCAGCCGACCGUAAGGCUUCCUUCAUCCAAGUGAUUGAAGAAGAGACCAAGCGGCCACUGCCUGACCGCAAGUUCUCCCUGGUGCCUGAGAAUGAGCUGGUGGAUGAGUCUUUUAUAGCAAAUGAUAUGUAUCACAACCACCAUGUGCACAUGGCAGGCCAGAGAAGACAGUCUGUGUUGGCAUUUAUGACCAACGCACAGGGUCCAGGUAGACGUGACCAGCUCCAGUCCUCCUUCCACAGCCGCCUGUCCAUUGUGCCCCAGAGUGAGCUGGCCUCUGAGUUGGACAUCUAUACCCGUAGACUGUCCAAAGACAGUAUCUACAACAUCACUGGAGAAAUGGAUGAGGAGAAUAUUGAGGCAUGCUUUGCAGAUGAACAAAUUGAGGAUGUUUUUGAAACCACAAAAUGGAACACGUAUGUGAGAUACGUGUCAACCAACAAAAGUCUGACAUAUGUUCUGAUCUUCAUCCUCAUUAUUUAUGCGAUUGAGGUGGCUGGAUCUGUUGUUGGGAUUUUUCUGAUAACUGAUGAGAUCUGGAAAAAGGAGCAUCCUGACCAAAACGCCACGAAACAGACCAACUUAUCACUAACUGGCACUGCUGUCAUUAUCCGACCCUCCAGCAGCUACUACAUUAUUUAUAUCUAUGUAGCAACUUCGGAGAGCAUCUUAGCUCUGGGCUUUUUUCGGGGGCUACCACUGGUCCAUACCAUGAUCACCGUAUCCAAGAAAAUGCAUCAGAAAAUGUUGAGUUCUGUGCUAAGGGCACCAAUGUCUGUCCUCAACACCAUGAAGACAGGUCGUAUCAUGAACCGAUUCACUAAGGACAUGGCUACGAUAGAUGACAUGUUGCCUCUGCUGAUGUUUGACCUUGUCCAGCUGACCCUGGUGGUGCUGGGGUGUGUUCUGGUGGUGUCAAUUAUGCGGCCAUACAUAUUCCUUGCAGCCACACCCUUAGCAUUUGUUUUUAUGGUGAUGAGGAAAUACUUCCUGCGCACAGGUCAACAGCUAAAGCAAAUGGAGACAGAAGCUCGGAGUCCCAUCUUCUCCCAUCUCAUCAUCUCACUGAAAGGACUGUGGACAAUCCGGGCCUUUGACCGGCAAACCUACUUUGAAACUCUUUUCCAUAAAGUCCUCAACACACACACAGCCAUCUGGUUCCUCUACCUUUCCACCCUGCGCUGGUUCCUCUUCCGUGCUGACAUCAUCUAUUUCUUCUUCUUUACGCUUGCUGCCUGGAUUGCAGUAGGAACCAACCAGGAUAAAUCGGGUGAGAUUGGUAUCAUUAUAGCCCUGACGAUGCUCAUUCUAGGCACCUUCCAGUGGUGUGUUGUCACCAGCAUUGCAGUGGAUGGAAUGAUGCGUUCUGUGGAGCGGGUAUUUAAGUUCAUCGACCUGCCCUCUGAGGAGCCUAAACCUAGGCUGGGCCAGAGAAAAGACUCAACCCUGGUCAUUGAGAACCCAGAGGCUUGCAAUGACACUUGCUGGCCCAGCCAUGGGCAGAUGGACAUACGCAACUUAACAGUCAAAUACACUGAGGCGGGACAUGCCGUGCUCAAGAACCUCUCUUUCAGUGUGGAGGGUGGACAGAAGGUGGGCAUAUUGGGCAGGACAGGUUCUGGGAAAAGCACACUAUUCAAUGCGCUCCUGCGUCUGGCCUACACAGAUGGAGACAUGUCUAUCGAUGGUGUUUCCUGCAAUAAUAUGCCACUGCAAAAAUGGAGGAAGGCUUUCGGUGUGGUGCCUCAGAAAGUUUUCAUCUUUACUGGAACAAUUCGGAUGAACCUGGACCCAUAUGGAUGCCACGGUGACAAGGAGCUGUGGAGGGUUGUUGAGGAGGUGGGGCUUAAGUCAGUGAUUGAGCAAUUUCCAGAUAAGCUAGAAUUCCAGCUGGAAUACGGGGGUCACGUGCUGAGCUACGGUCACAAGCAGCUGCUGUGUCUGGCUCGAUCCUUCCUCAGUAGGGCCCGAAUCUUGCUGCUGGAUGAACCCAGUGCCCACCUCGACCCCAUCACUGUGAAGGUACUGAAGAAGACACUAAGGCAGUCCUUCUCCUCCUGCACUAUUUUACUGUGUGAACACAAAGUGGAACCGCUACUGGAGUGCCAGUGCUUCAUGAUGAUGGAGCAGGGCAAGGUAAAGACUUACGAGUCGAUCCAGCGCCUGCUGAAUGAGACCAGCCAGCUGAAACAGGCCAUGAGUCCAGCUGAGCGCCUCAAACUCUUCCCACGCCGCAACUCUAGCAUGCGUGUGCCACAGCCCAAACUGAGCUCCGUCACACUCACACUGCAGGAGGAGACCGAGGACGACAUCCAGGAUACUCGUCUCUAAACCCCAGGCAAUCAGUCACUACAGAGACUCUGCAUUCAUGAGCACCUGCUAACUUAGGACUUAUGUCCGGUACAAUAUGUCCUCUUUUUACACACUCAUUCUGAAGUGUUUUUUAAAUCAUUUGUGUUGAUCUGGAAUACAAUUAUGGUACAAAUGAACAUCUUUUUAUAUUUGCAAUAAAUAUAAGCUAAGGUACUUCAUAGAGUUUAAUAACAGGAGCCAGUGGGACCAGGAAAUGAUCAUGCAAAAGUAACAAGUAAAAAAAAAAAAAAAAAAAACUUUUAUCAGGUUGUUCCUCAUGGUGGCCUUCACGGAGCAUGUUUCAGAACAAACAGUUGUAAAUCUUCUCAACUUAUUUAUUGAAUAUUCAGUCCAUAAACCUCAAACUUGUUCCUGUAAAAUCACUGCAAAAUGUGCUUUUGUAAGACACAUGGACAACAACUUUUACUAAUAUUUUUAUAUAUUGAAACAUUUUUAUUUAACUGCUAACAAAUUAGGUCUGAAACGAACUGCAAAAUGUUAGUACAGUGGAUUUUUUUUUUUUACACUA